AUGUGCGAGCGUUUGUUAGGGGUUGUUCCACCUGACAGUGAGUUGAUUGGUGUACGCAUCCGUAUGCGGUUCCUCGAGGGGGAUGCGUUUCGUCAGCUCCCGGCAGAUGUAGAUGCACGGACGAUAGCCCGUCACGCACGAGCCCACUUGUUGCGUUUGAUAUGUGGGGUGAUAUUUUCUGAUGUUUCAGGCAGUUAUGCACAUCUGAUGUUCCUUUCACUCCUUGAGGACUUCGGAGUGUGUCACUCGUACAGUUUGGGGUCCGCUACUUUGGCGUGGCUGUACAGGGAGAUGUGUUGCGCUGCUCAUCACUCAAAGACACAGAUUGCGGGCCCCCUUCGCCUACUCCAGUUUCUAUGGAUGCCUUACACGGUUGAGAUUCUAGCCAACUUGCCGCCUGACUAUGCAGACGAGAGUGACCUUUGGGUAGCCCGAGUGCCACUCAUAUGCUUUCAUAUUAUUGAGUGGUAA